AUGCCAAUCAUGAACGGUCCUGCGCCUCCUGCACUGCUGCCUCGCGACUUGGCUGUCCCUGGCAACAAGCAAAAGAAACUUGAAACCAGCAACACAGGGUCCCAGAUGCCUGCAGAUCCCAAUCUGGCAAACCCGCGACUAUUGCUCAACGGAGCCUGUAUCUACGAGCGUCAAUUACCCGGCGACGCAUACAUCACAGCGCACGUCCAGCGACUGCAGCAUGGAUUCUACUCCAGCCCUGCCGUUUCCGACAAGGACUAUGACCACGUCGACUUCCUGGGGAUCAAUUUCGUCUUCCACUCACCCAACACUUUGGCGCAUCGGUUCAAGGCGGCUACGAUUCGAGCCUCUGUGCAGGGUACCCGUCAUGUCGCUUCGUCGGACCACUACCCAAACGGCUACCCGCCGGGAAACCCGCGCUUCCUAAUGCAUGCACCACAUCUGAUCUACGGGGCUAUAUCGCCAGAGACACUGCAGUGGAACUACAGCCUGUCCGGAUCACUGGGAGUUGUUGAGUUGCCGCUGAUGGCCAGCCUCUCCCCCACGGGUGGUAUUAAUGGUCGAUACAGACGCUAUGAGAUGAUGAGAAUCCAGGGAUCGGUACGGACUUUGAAGAGCCCACGAGGACGGAAGUUCGACAUCGAAGCCGGGGAAAUUGUCUGGUCACUGGAGGAAAACAGCUUGCAGAGAUCAGGCCUGCCGCGGGAGUUCACGUUUGCCAUGCUGAUCCAGAAACCGCGCGCAGACAGCCGCAUUGUUUUCUCCCUGGACAUCGAGCCGACCCUGCAGUCGUGGUACGGUAGCUACCCAGACUGGUGGUUAUCGAUGCCCAAGUAUCAGCCUCUGAGUCGACGGCCUGUGGACUUCAGAUCAGAGGUUGGACAGCGCUUCGAACCUGUCGAAUCAAAGAAAGGAUUCAAUUUCGCGACUCUCGAAAGCUCAUUUGACGACUACGUGAGCAUGCCGGGGAAGAGACUCGCAUCCGUUAUCCCAACCGACGGAGGAGUGCUGCAAGACGACAACGACGCUCUCCAAGACCCCAACCAUGACCGCACCAUAGUCGAGCCGAUCCGGGGGAUCGCAAGAUUCGCAUACCCCAAUACCCUCGCCAGCGCCGCAGCAACAGCAACUCCAGCACCAGCGCCUAGCGAGCCGGCCCUCAUCGCACGCCGCAGAACCCGAAUCUCGGAUCCUAGCGCCUUGACCAUCCACCUCCUGAUGGACAACCAGAUGGCCUCGCACCUGUCAAGUCUGCGCGGGAGCCCUUCCACCACCAAACCCACUCCCCAUAGCGACAAUCAUAACGGCAAUAGCACUGCCAAGCGGGAUAACAGCGAUCGCCGAGAGUCCCCGAGGGCACUGCCCGCAGCCACGAUCCCAGCACCGCCUCAGCGCCGGACAACCCUCCGCAGGACAAGAUCGAGAGAAGGACUAAAUUUGAAUCUGAAUCAUCACCCGGAGCCGCGCCCCCAAGUAUCCGACCGGCGUUUUACCUGA